GAUUCUCUCUUUCUUUUCGCCAUCUUUCUUCUUGCCCGGUCGCUAGCCGCCACCAUGAAGGUCGAGCUGUGCAGUUUUAGCGGGUACAAGAUCUACCCCGGGCAUGGGAGGCGCUACGCCAGGACAGACGGGAAGGUUUUCCAAUUUCUCAAUGCAAAAUGCGAGUCGGCCUUCCUUUCCAAGAGGAAUCCCCGACAGAUAAAUUGGACUGUCCUCUACAGAAGAAAGCACAAAAAGGGACAGUCGGAAGAAAUUCAAAAAAAGAGAACCCGACGUGCAGUCAAAUUCCAGCGGGCCAUCACUGGUGCAUCUCUUGCUGAUAUCAUGGCCAAGAGAAAUCAGAAACCAGAAGUUAGAAAGGCUCAACGAGAACAAGCUAUCAGGGCUGCCAAGGAAGCAAAAAAAGCUAAACAGGCAUCCAAGAAGACAGCAAUGGCUGCUGCUAAGGCUCCCACAAAGGCAGCACCUAAGCAAAAAAUUGUGAAGCCCGUAAAGGUUUCUGCUCCUCGAGUUGGUGGAAAACGUUAAUUUGGAAGAUCAGAUUUUUAAAUAAAGAUACACGUACAACUCUA